AUGAUUGCUCCCAUGUCCUCAACAGCAAGCCUGGACGGUUUUUCCGUGGUUGGUGAUGUCCCUGCACCCGACCACAUGAAUGAUCCAAUUGCUCAUUUGGAGAAUCACAUCGGGCAGAUUGUUUCCUACUUUGGUGAUGGGCACGAGAUGAUCAAGAUGUCUAUGAAACAGGGCGAGACAACCAUAGAGAACCUGUCCAUAAUGGAGCGUGAGUUGAGAUCACAUCGUGAUCAUGACGCUGCAAAACGGAUUGUGAAGUAUUCACAAGCUGCCUCGGUCCACUCUGUCAACCAGGUCUUGCCAAUGAGGGGCCACAUCCAAGAGAUCGCAGAGCUGCUUUGUGAGGUAGUGGACCCUGACGUCCAGAUGGACCCCCAGAGCCUGAAACAUGUCAUCUUGGCGGUGCACCAGGAGUCUGAGGCUGCACAUCGCAUCGCAACAAGUGGCUUGGAGAAGUUCCAACAACUCGUGGAGCAACUUAACGACAUUUUUCAGGAUUACCAGGAAAGAAUUGAGAAAGCAAAGCAGCAAGUCGAGGACAGUCAGAAGAGUGCGACUGAGUACGAGGAGGAAGCCCACAGGCUGAAGAAGAAGAGCGACACUAGUGGGAUUCUGGCAGUGGUUUCUGGUGCCACUAGUGUGCCAGCAGCAUCCAUUCCGUGGAUAACUGCUGGCACCCAGGGCGGAUGGGUGACAGCGGCAGUCACUGUCUUCAACCCUUGGGGAGUCGUUAUUGGUACCACUUUGACCGCAGCUUGUGUCGGAUAUUCUAUCUAUGCUGGUGUGGGUCGUCGCGAAGCUCAACGCGAGAAAGAACAGGCUUUGCAAGAAAAAGAGAAAGCUGAAAAAGACGCAGAACGUGGGAAGGCUGUCGUGGAGAAGACACAAACAAACAUGGACCUCGCAAGUCAGAUGAGGGACACAGCCCAGACACAUGAGACUCUGUGGGAUGGCAUGUCAAAGGCUGCAGUGCAAGCUGCCAACACAUUCUCCCAGCUACGACAUAUUGACCCAUCAGGUGCUCGCCGCAAGCGGUUUGAGGACAAGAUGAAGACAUACACCUCUCACCUGCUGGCUUUCGUUCAGGCUGUGGAUGAAUACCUGUUCUUCCUGCACAAGAAGGGCCUGAUCCCUCCCAACUUCCGCCUUGAGAGCACAGUGGGGCGAGAGAAGUUUUUGCAGAUGGAGAGGGACUGGACAGCUGCCGCAGAUGGACUGAAUUCCACAAGUGAGAGUUGGGAAGACUUGGUUUUCAACAACCUCUUGAAGGGGUAUGGUGAGGUGACCUACCAUGGCAUGGAACGCUUGUACGACGCCUUAGAGCUCCGCAACGAGGAUGUCUUCUACGACCUCGGCUGUGGCGUGGGGAAGCUCGUGCUCUAUGUGGCCCUCCGGGGCGCAGCGCAACGCUCCGUGGGGCUCGAGGUCGGGCAACGGCGGUUCCUGCUGGCGGAAGGUGCGCGCAACUCCCUGGACGAGGAGAUGGAGCAUCAAAAGAAGAAACACGGUCCAGAGGGUCAGCCUUCCACAGAAUGCAGGUUUCAGUUGCUCAUCAGCAUGUACCGCUAUCUCGAUCCCACUGUGGCAGUCCUCACGAACCUGUGCAUGGACACCUCGGAUUUGCAGAAAGAAUGCGUUUCUUCCGCCUGUUUGGGCAGUCGAUCGGACAUGUGGCCGCCAGAGGCCGCGGCCAGGCCAGGCGGGAACAGUCGGCCAGUUCUUGGCCAGCUCUUGGCCACUGGCGAUCCCAUCCGUGCUUGGAAUCUGUGGAGUGUUUUGGUCCAAAGAGACAAACUGUCCAAGUUCACAAACUGA